AUGCAGUCCAAUCAAUGGAGAGCCUACAAGACUAAAGGAGAUGAUCAGUGCCACUACAACCCAGCAACCCGUGCUGCCAACUGCUCCAGUUACCAGUGUCUGCCUGAAGGGGACGAGAAUGCUCUGAAGCAGGGUCUUGCUACCAUUGGACCCAUUUCAGUGGGAAUUGAUGCUAGGCGGCCCACGUUUAUUUUAUAUAGGAGUGGAGUGUAUAAUGACCCAUCAUGCACUCAGAAUGUGAAUCACGCUGUGUUAGCUGUGGGCUACGGCACUCUUAAUGGACAAGACUACUGGCUCAUAAAGAACAGCUGGGGAACUUCCUUCGGAGAUCAGGGAUACAUCCGGAUGGCACGCAACCAGAAUGAUCAGUGUGGCAUUGCUCUGGAUGCCUGCUACCCCGUCAUGUAACUACAGAGGGAACUGAAAUGAAUCUCUUGCAAAAUGAAUAUAUCAUUUAUGACUUUUUUAUUAAGUCUUCAAAAACUACAGCUUCAAACUAACACUUUUUGGUGCUUCUCUUGAAAAAUUAUAUCUUGAGGAGGAAUCAUCAUCACUGACUAUCUUUGGCGUGUGACAUUGUGGAAAUGCUAAUGUGUGUAUCUCUGUGUGUGAGUACACACAUUUUUGGUAUACCCGCAUAUCAAAGUUCAAACUACUUUUCUCCUUGAAAGGUAAGGUUCAGCAAUUGCUUUAAAAGAUUUGAUUUUUCACAAGUUAAAGAAAAAUAUUUAUCCCCCAAUGUUUACUUUGGUUAGCAUUAACUACUAAAUCAGGGGGUUACCAGAAGUAUAGACAUCUGUUCAAGGCUACAAGGUUUAAUUAAAAAUCUUUCUAUAUCUGUGGUAAAAAGUUGUGAAUGUACUGGAUGUUUAGCGCUGGACUACUGUAUAUUUUAUGACAUAAGUGAGAUUAAGAUUAAAUUCACAACACAACAUGUACUGCUGCUUUGUUGUUGACACUUAUAUUAUAUAAUCAGACUCAAUGUAAAAAUAAAACAUUUUCCAAAAAUCUGGUUCCUUAUUCACAAAAUAAUGAACAUGGAAUCAUAAUAUUUAACUUUGAGGGUGUCAUGGUGCUGUGUCUGUUACUGCGUUUAUGUCUUUGGACUUUUGGCCUUGUUUUCUAACGAUGGUAGUGGUUUAUGUUUCUUAGCCCUUUUCUGGUAUUACUUAGUUUCCUGGUUUAAUCAUUUAGAUUUCUGGUUCUUAAUUACUUUUAGUUAGUUCUGUUUCGUUCCCUCUCUUUUGCCUUUGUGUAUCUUUAUUGUGUGAGUUUGUCCCUUUGUCCCUCGUCAGAUCCUGGUCAUGUUCAUCAUCCGUCAUGUUUCAAGUCUCAGGUUUUCUUGUUCCAGGUACCUUGUGUUUAGUUGUUUUUCACAGUUUAGUUUUUGUUGAUUUAAUCUUAGUCUCCCUUUUGCUUUGGUUGUAUUUUGUGCAGUCAAAAAUAAAAAGCUCACUUUCAUUUUUGACUGCAGUCCUCCUUACUCUGCAAUUGGGUCCACACUCUCCACACAGUCUGCCAUCACAGACCUGACAAAAGGGGGAUAUGUAUUUAUGUAAACAUGCCUGGGAUGUUGAGGGUUUUAACUGGUUGAGUACUAAAAUGUGCAUGUUAUACAGCAUUUUCGUUAAACAAAAAGGACGUUUAAAAGGAAGCCUUGGUUUCGUAAGUGUGUUUUCUUGUUUUUUGACAAAAUAAAAAAUAAAUCAGAUUUCAGAGCAGCUACUGGUGUUGGCCUUUAAAACCCAGAUAUCUUUCCUGCUAACAUCUUGAACAAGGUCAGGAUAAAGUCAACAGACUGCAGUGUUGGGUU